GUAGUUUUACAGUACACUUCAGUUAUAUAAGUCUAAUUUGUCACAGUACAAUGCAGUAUCUUUAGGGACACCCAGGACAAUAUAAUGACAUAGAUAUUUUUAAAUAAUAAUAAAAAAAACGAUUGAAAAGCUUUUUGGUAAAUUCUAAUUAAAGAGUGAAUCCAGAAAUUGACAUUUAUAGCCACAUUAAUUCAUGAAUGUAAAGUAAAAUGUGUUGAUUUUUGUUUUUUUAUCACUCAUCUAUAAAUUUUAUGACGUGAUGACAGUGGUGAUGGUGAUGAUGACGAAGGUAGUGACGAAUGUGUACAUCACUUCUGACCCACAAUGUGAGUUUGAAUUCUUCAAGCUAACCCCCAUGUCCAAACCCCCCUGAUAUUGGGUAGAAAUGCAGGGCUAUAUUUGGAGGAGUGUGAUGACAUCACAAGUGUCUGAGUGUAGGAGCCUAUAACAGAGGGGAUGGAGUGAGUGUAUGUGUGAACAACAUCGAAACAUCAGUACCUUUUCAAGUUGCUGUCCACUGGUUUAAAAACUGUUGUUGACUAUUGAGAUAUCUGCCAUGUAUCAUCUAAAGCUGCCUGUCCAGGUUGUGCUCUUCUUUGUGAUAUUGCAUUGUGUUGCCACAGUUCCUCAUAAUAGGUACUUCCUAUCAUCUAAUGACAAGGAAGAUGACUUGCGAGAGGGUGAUGGCUGGCUGGACACAGAUCUGUCUAAUAAUCCCUUUGUGAGUUUCACAGGACCACGUACCCAAAGAGGGCUGACUGCACUCAACAGUCAUCAUAUAGAAAAAAGGAAGUGCAAUACAGCCACUUGUGUCACACAGAGAUUAGCAGAUUUCCUGGUCCGAUCCAGCAACACCAUCGGCACCGUCUAUGCGCCAACCAACGUGGGAUCCAGCGCUUAUGGCAAAAGAGACCUCCUUCAGCCACCCAUUUAUGUACCCUUCAAGUUCAACCGCUAACCCUGGGGAACAGUAUAAAAUAAGUGUAACAUAGCUGAUAAAAUGAUUCUGUUUUAUAUUGCAUUUCAAUUUUUUUCUGUGUUAACCAUUUGAAAGCCAGUGCCUUUCAGUAUUAACAAUCAUUACGGUUUCUGGUAAACCUUGCAUGAUGAUAAGGUUCGAACAGCAAAACACUUUGACGUGAUGGCAUAUAAGUAAAAUGUAUGAUAAGAACAUGAAUAUAAAUAGCAAAACAAUUCACAUUUUGUUUUGAUUUUUGUAAUAAACCAAAAACAUCUAUACAA